UGUAGCAGAGAAUGUGUCAGUGUGUGGACUGAAGGCAAACUGGGAGUGAUGGGAGCGACCUGGAUCUCCUGUAGAACAACUGUGACUGCUGUCAUUACUGUGCUGCAAAUCAAAGCUCUGAUCAGUGUCAGGACCACAUCUGUGACCGGUGUGGAAGGCCAGACAUUUUACUUCAGAUGUGAGUAUCCACAGAGCUGGGAGAGCAACGCCAAGUACCUCUGUCACGCUGACAACAUCGACCAGCACCUGAUAUGGACGGACAAGCACAACCAGUGGGAGACAGACGGACGUUACUCUCUGUACGACAACUGCACCGGAGCCUUCUUUGUUGUCAGGGUGGACAAACUUGUCCCAGAGGACAGUGGGACAUACCUGUGUGGUGUGGAAGUCGCUUUGCACCCUGACCAUAUCAGCAUCAUACGACUGAAUGUCUCUCGAGUAAAUUUGGUAACACCCGAUAUUCCCAAGGACAUCACAGUUGACAAGCUCAACAUGCCAGUGUUCCUGACUGCAGUGAUGUGCGUGGCAGCAAUGCUGUUUGUGUGUCUGUUUGCACUUUGUCUUAUGCCAGCUGAUAAGUGCCAAAGGUCAAAUCCACCAGUGAACAGAGAGACUUCAUCAGACUAUGAGACAAUGAUGCCCGGUGUGGUGGUGACUGGUCCUGAACUGUGCUGUACCUGUUCGGCUCCAGACUGUCCCGAUCGCCCAUCUCUGCCAGCGCCGCCUCCUGACCUCUGCUCACACUUCACUUCGCGGCAUCGAGAGUCUGACGUCUCAUAUGUUAAUGUGGAUGAACCAGAUCACAUCUGCCAGUAUCAACACCUAGACCUCAGCCGCUCAGAGGAUCAUGUGUAUCACAUGCUUCAAAGAAACUGUGUACAUGAACCUUUGGGAAUGAAAAAACAGAUUAACAGUUGAUAUAUAAGUCCAUCAUUCCCCCACAUCUGUCUAUCUAUCUACUUACUGACAUGGCUGGGUAAGGAAAUUGUUGUAGUUGAUAUGAGAAAAGUUAAUGAUUCUUAAGUAAAUCAACUUAAUAUUUCUUUUGUGUGAUAUAUUUUGUUGUAAAAUGUGCGUUAUUGCAUUUCGCGCAAAUACAAGCUUGAACAUUGUUUUAUGAUAAAUCUCACCCACAUAAACCAAGUGAUAACAUCUGAA